AUGUGGCAAGAUCAAAAACAAACAUCAAAUUCUCCAUUUGAUUGUGCUGUUUGUGGUGCUUAUGUUUAUGGAAAUCUUACUGGUAUUCGAAUAUGUUUACCAUGUAAAUCAUUUUUUCGACGUCAUGCUUUUUUACCACCUAAUACAUUAAAAUGUAAUAAAAAUGGAACAUGUUAUAUUGAAGCAGCUCAUAGAUAUUUUUCAGCAUCAUUACCACCAUGUCGAGCAUGUCGUUUAAAAAAAUGUUUAUCAAUUGGAAUGGAUCAAUAUUUACUUCGGAAACGUUCAGCAAGUAGUCCACCUUUAGAAUUAAUUAAUAGAAGAUUUAAUAAUACUCUUAUUAAAACUUCCUCAUUAGAUGAAAAUGUUGUUUUAUCUAUAAAAGAAAUGUCAACUGAUAUUGAUAGAAAAUUGGCUAAUGAUGAUAUGAAAUUUAAUCGUGUUCGUUCGUCAAGCGAUAUUAUUGAUCGUCAAAAAGAAUUUUAA